CGGCCCGGCAGCGGAUCUCCCCUCAGCCGCAAAAUCGGAGCUCGCAGGCGCCUUCGAGAGAGAGCGGGUUCUCUGUGUCUGAUCUUGGCCUGCUUUCCCAGGGAGAUUUAAUCCGUGGAACGGUCACAGAAUCAAUUAGGUUGGAAAAGAUCUCUGAGAUCAUCAAGCCCAGGCCGUGACCCAACACCAUGAUGUCAACCAGGCCCUGGCAUUGGGUGCCACGUCCAGGCUUUCCAUAAACACCUCCAGGGACAGUGACUCCACCGCCUCCCUGGGCAACCCCUUCACCGCUUCUGUGCAGAAAUUCCUCCUAAUGUUCAACAUAAACCUCCCGUGGUGCAGCUUAAGACUGUAAGACAGCAGCUAACAAGCACGCUCUGAGUGAUGUCCAUGUGUUAGAAAGACAAAUUGUUUGUUGAUAGAAUUGUCUUUUUAAGGUUUAGAGCUGGGCGUGCUUCAAUGGUCUCACCUGGGGAAGAAGGGAUGCCCACGGAUCCUGGGUACAAAGAAUGCAGAAUUUAGGGGCAGUUCAGGGGUUUGUCCCGAGGAUGGAUCAAGCUGUCUGUCCUCAGCCAUUGCUCCCAGUCCCCUGCCGGCAGGAUCUGUGCUGAUGGCAGAGCCCCACUGAGCUGCGAGCUUUGGUUUGAUGCUUUCACCAAAACACCAGCAUUUAACCUGAGCUGCCACUUUGUCCCGGUGUGAGCGAGGGUGGAGCGAGCUGCGCUCCCGUCUCCGGGGGAGGAGGAUUGUGUCAUGCCAGCCUGCAGUAUGAAAGGCAUGGCUGGCUGAGCUCCUGUCCGUACCAAGGCUGUGCCUUUCCAAACAGGACAUGCGGCUAAGGUGUUCCUGGUGUAUCAGUCAGAAGAAAGCCGCAGAAAACAAUUUCAGGAAGAGAGAGUUACAAGUGACAGCAUUCUCUGGUCUAAAGGCUGCAGGAGUUUUACUCCUUUACUUCAGGAGAGCAAAUGUUUGAUAUUGUCCCUCAUCAGGACUAUAGUGGGCCACCCUGCAGAUUGAGGAGGGAGUAAAAAAGCAGAAGGCGAUGGCACUUGAAAAUUUAAUCUCCACUGGGAUCAUCCAGAGAGAUGAGACCCCCAUGGAAGAGGAGGUUGUUGGCCGGUGCCAAGGGUGUUUCAGCCUUGCUGAUGUCAUGUACUUCUCCAAGAAGGGCUGCGAGGCAGUGGCGGAAGAUGAAGUCACUCGCCGGUUCUCCUCCGAGGAGCUGCUGUCCUGGAAUCUCCUCAGCAGGACCAAUGCCAACCUGCACCAUGUCAGCUGGAAAGUGGCUGCUGUGUGGGUCACUGGCAUCCUGAUCCGCUAUUGCCUCCUGCUGCCUUUCCGCAUCUGCUUGUCUGUUUUCAGCAUCCUAUUGCUGCUGUUGGCCACUACAGUAGUAGGACAGUUUCCAAAUGGCAGAGUCAAAGGUUGGCUGAGCAACCAGGUCCAGAUGAUAUGUGCCACCUUAGGUAUCCGAUGUAUGAGUGGCCUUGUUAAUUUCCACAACAGGGAAAACAAACCACAGCAAGGAAGCAUCUGUGUAGCCAACCAUACAUCUCCAUUGGAUGUCCUAAUCCUGGCCAGUGAUGGAUGCUAUUCCUUGGUUGGCCAGGUACAUGGAGGGCUUAUGGGACUUAUUCAAAAAUCCUGCAUGCGAACCUCUCAGCAUGUGUUGUUUGAACGCUCGGAAAUGAAAGACCGUCACCUGGUGAGGAAAAAAAUCAGAGAACACAUUGCAGAUAAGGCCAAGUUACCCAUUUUAAUUUUCCCAGAAGGCACCUGCAUUAACAACACAUCGGUAAUGAUGUUUAAGAAGGGGAGCUUUGAGGUAGGAGGAACCAUCCAUCCAGUAGCAAUCAAGUAUGACCCCCGCUUUGGAGAUGCCUUCUGGAACAGCACAAAGCAUUCCAUGAUGACCUAUGCUUUCAAUGUGUUAACCAGCUGGGCUAUUGUCUGCAAUGUGUGGUACCUGCCACCGAUGGUCAAAGAGGAAGAAGAAGAUGCUGUUCACUUUGCUGACAGAGUCAAGGCUGUCAUUGCUGCUCGGGCAGGAAUGUCUGUGCUUCCUUGGGAUGGGGGACUGAAAAGGAAAAAGGUCAAAGAGUCUUUCAAGGAAGAGCAACAGAAAAAAUAUUGCCAGAUAGUAAUAGAAAAUGGACCUUUGGGAAACGGAAAUGUUUGUUAAAUGCUAUUUAUUUUAUCUCAUUUUUCCAUGACUUAUCUCUACCAGAAAAUAGACUGGUUUUAUAUUAAACCCAACUUGUUUACCUUCUGUUGCCGUAAGGUAUUUUGCAUGUGACACAGCAGGGGAACCAUAAAGAGAUUUCCAUAUUUAAAGCAAAGUACUAUAAUUUUAUAAGUAGCAAAACAUAAAAUAUGCUAAUAAAAUUCUCCCUGAUGCUGAGAAGAAUCGACAGUAAAAUUAAUGAAUUAUGUUCAUUAAAAUUCCACUUUAAAAUACUUGCAAUACCUUGAGGACUUAAAUGGUUACUUAUAAUAAAUCAGCUCUCUAUUGCUAGACUCUCUCAGGGACUUAGACUAGCAAUAUUCCUGUGAGCCACAGUAAUCAUGUUGCUCUAGAGGUAGAUCUCCUGAUGUCAGAAGACAUGAAGCAUUUCGCCAAAAUAUGUUUUGUGAAUUGCAUGUUGGAGAGGAAGUGUUGGAUGUCACAGGGGAAAAGCAGAUGCUGACUCUUCCAUGUCACAAGACCAGGGAUGGCAUUGCAGAAAAUUUUCUGCUGUGACAAAGAGCAGAAGAGUGUCCAGGGCAGCAUGUCCCUGAUGCCUGGGUAUGUGAAGCUGAGAUAAAUCAAUAACAGCCAAGGACAGUGUCGUAAAAAAAUACCCUGUUUUUUUAAAAAUCAUAUCUUGUGGUUUUAUUAGAUCCCUUUCUGAGUCUGUUUGUAUGCAUUCCACAAAUUAAAGAAAACCUAUGAUGUG